AUGUCACAAACACCGCAGCAGCAACAGCAGCAGCAGCAACAACAACAACAACCGCAAGAUCCAUCCUCAUCGUCGUCAUCAUCGUCAUCAGGAUUUCAACAAUGGAUCGAACAAGAACCAUCCAAUCGAUUUGUACCACCACGAAUACUUGAAUUCACUCCACAAUCUGGCAUGGAAACCGAUACCCUACGCAUUACGCUUGCAUUGGCUGAUCUUCAAUUAAUGCCAAUGCUUCGUAUCGCCGUGGGGUCUUGUAUCUCUCCUACGCGUCAAACACUCGUCAAUGCAGCUGCUAAUUAUGUACAACUAUUGGCAUCCGUUCCUAAUUGGCAAAUGACACGUGCACCCGAUCGUUCAAGAACACCUAUUUAUGUCGUCGUUUGCAAUCAGCAGCACCAAGUCAUUGAUAAUUGGUUCAUUGCCUAUUUCACAUAUGAUUAUUCAAGGAAACGAUCCUCAGCUGAAUAUGAAGCAGCAUUUGCAUCUUCAUCCACAUCAGGAGGAGGACCUGCUGGUGCACCAAAAAGAACCAGGCGUGCUGAAUCGAUUUCUUUACAACCAGACCCAACAGCUACUUACAUGAUGCCUCCAACAGCGGGUUAUGGUGGUUAUCCAGGUUAUUACGGGUUGCCAUCAUCACCUUAUAUGGGUCAAUAUGCUCAAACACAAGCUCAACCUUCUACUGGAGGCCAACCCACAAUGGCGCAACGAUCACCACGUGGAUACUAUGAAGGUACAACGGUGACGCCAGCACAAAUGAUGGGAUAUCCAUAUCGUACAUCAUCAUUGUCGGGUGAAACAGGAUUGGGAUAUCCUACAGAACCAAGCAUGUUAUCACCUACCGAUGAUGCUACAGCAGCAGCGGCAGCGGCAGCGGCAGCAGGUAUCUCUAUGGGACAAAUGCCACCACAACAGCAGGCAGGUGGUGCGAUGAUGCCUGGUUCACAUCAUCCUCCCACUGCAGGAUCUCCUGGUAUGCAACCUUACAUGAUGCAACAACAACAACAACCACCUGCAGAAACUGCCACAUCGGGUAGUGCUACCACGCAAUAUCUUGCCCCAGCUCCUCAUCAACAACAUAACAUUGCACCCGCACCUGCACCUAUUGCCACAUCUAUUAGUACAUCGAGUAUUCCAGGUGGUGGUCCUCCUUCAGCAACAUCGCCUACUACAGCAACUACACCUGUUAGUGCCACUGGUGGUAGUGGAGGUGGUGGCGGACCUUAUUAUGAUCCCUAUGCUCAUAUCUUGAACAAGGCCAAUUUGCAUGUGGAAGGCAAUCUCGAUGACAUGUUGCAUAAUUGGACAGAAGAAGAAUGGAUGAAUCAACGACGUCUUGUGCGAUUUUGGCGACGACAAGAAGGCAACGAAGUCAUUUGCAGUUUCACGCCCAUAUCACAAAGCGAACGACCCAAUCAACAAAACAUGAUUGUUGUAUCCUGUAUUUAUUGGAAGGAAAGGGAUGAUUAUUAUAUCACAUCAGUGGAUUGCAUUUAUUUGCUUGAAAGCUUGAUUGCUGUGCGCUUUACGGUCGAGGAAAAGAACAGAAUACGUCGCAAUUUGGAAGGGUUUCGUCCAUUGACCGUGAGCAAAUUGAGGCAAGAUAGUGCCGAGUUUUUCAAAUUGAUCAUGGCGUUUCCCAAUCCCAAACCUCGCAACAUUGAAAAAGACGUCAAGGUCUUUCCUUGGAGAUCCUUAGGCAUGGCACUCAAAAAGAUCAUCAGCAAGUAUACAGCAAGUUACAGCAGUACUGCAAGUGUCAAUCUUGAAGCACUAGGGUAUUCUGGUGGAGGUGGUGGUAGUGGUGGUAGCACGAGUACAACGAGUACUACGGCUGCUGCUGCUGCACCUGCUGCACCCCAGGCUGGCCCAUCAAGUGUAUCAUCUUCUGAUCCAGGUGAAGAAUCAUCAUCACAUCCACCACCACCGCCUUCUCAACAACAUCAACAACAACCGCCGCCGCCACCACCACCAUCCGAUACUUGA